UUUUGUUGGAUUUGGUUUGUUUGUAGUUCGAUUUUGAAUUCGGAGACCAACGAGAUGGUUGCGGUUAAGAAGAUUGCCAACGCGUUUGAUAAUCAUAUGGAUGCGAAGCGGACGCUCCGUGAGAUCAAGCUUCUCCGGCAUUUGGAUCACGAAAAUGUAAUAGGCAUAAGGGAUGUGAUUCCUCCACCUCUGCGGAGAGAAUUCAGUGAUGUCUACAUUUCCACUGAACUAAUGGACACCGAUCUUCACCAAAUAAUCCGCUCGAACCAAACUUUAUCGGAAGAGCAUUGUCAGUAUUUCCUGUAUCAGAUUCUCCGAGGACUUAAAUACAUACAUUCUGCAAAUGUCAUUCAUCGGGACUUGAAACCGAGCAAUCUACUGCUUAAUGCGAACUGUGAUCUUAAAAUUUGUGACUUUGGUCUUGCUCGUCCAACUUCGGAAAAUGAAAGCAUGACAGAAUAUGUUGUUACAAGAUGGUAUAGGGCACCUGAGUUACUAUUGAACUCUGAUUAUACAGCUGCUAUUGAUAUAUGGUCUGUUGGUUGCAUCUAUUUGGAGCUUAUGAACAGAAGGCCUCUAUUUCCAGGCAGGGAUCAUGUGCAUCAGAUGCGUUUACUGACUGAGCUUCUUGGCACACCAACCGAAUCGGAUCUUGGCUUUAUUCGAAACGAAGACUCGAAAAGAUAUCUUCGGCAGCUACCUCCACAUCCUCGUCAGCCAUUAGCAACAGUUUUCCCUCAUGUUCAUCCUCUGGCAAUUGAUCUUGUGGAUAAAAUGUUGACGUUUGAUCCAACCAGGAGAAUUACUGUUGAAGAUGCGUUGGCACAUCCAUACCUAGAGAGACUGCACGACGUAGCCGAUGAGCCAGUUUGCCCCGAGCCAUUCUCGUUCGAGUUUGAGCAACAAUACCUGGAUGAAGAGCAGAUGAAGGAGAUGAUUUACAGAGAAGCAUUGGCACUCAAUCCAGAAUUUGCAUGACCAUAAAUGUACAUGUCGUCUUCCUGAGCAACUGCAGCGACUUUGCAAAUAUGGAAUAACACGCGACAAAAGGAUCAGGUUGGUAUACGAAAACGAAACCACAUUAAUUAAGCUUAGGAUAUGUUUGAGAGUGAUUUUGGAAUGACCCAAACCACUUUCAUCAUGUCCAAAAUUUACUAAAAAGAACAUGACAAAAGUGAUUUUGAUCCUUCCAAAAUCACUCCUAAACAUGUUCUUCGCCUGUUAAAUUAGCUAACUUAUCUGUUUCAUUCAUCACUAUCACUAUCCAUCCGUCCCUUAAAGAAAACUCAGUAAGAGUUACCUUUUUUUUACUUCCACGGAAUUUGUUAGUUUAUUUUUUUUUUUUUUUUUGCUCCACGUUUGAUCGUUUGAGUUGUGCUUAUGUUGUUUUCUUAGUAUUUAUUUGUGUUUGUAACGUCGAAUCUGUAUUAUGUAUAGCAAACUAAAUUAAAUGCAAACUCAAUUAAUGAAAGUUCUAUUCAUAAUGUAUUCUCA